AUGGAUCGAUUUGACAGAUUGUUGGAGGAGCAGCAGAAAGCCAUCGGGCAAACCGAUGACAGCAUAGGGAAACUCCAAGCGUACGUUGAUGAAUACGCACGAUUGAAGACAAGGCUUUUGGAGGUAUCUAACUGUUUUUCGAGGAAAGCUAUCAUCCCAUUCUCACCCAGAGCUCUUGUUCCUGCCCGUCUGAUUCAUACUAACGAAGUCCUGGUUUAUUUAGGUGGUUGCGCCGAACACUUUUCUGAGGUGUCCACCUCCCAAUCUUUACUCAUUAUUGAUGAGAGGAUUAAGCGCAUUCAGAAUAAAAUUCAAAAACUCAAAGAGCAGAAACGACUGCUAUCUGAUAGGGUAUCCUAUACUCAGAGGUUGGUUAGAGGUCAACAACCGCAAAGUGUUACGGAAGGUGACGAAGGUGUUGAGUUCGAGAUACGCGAGGAAUUUGAUCCAGUGAAGGAAAAGGAGUGGCAAGCUAAGCACAAACGACGAGUCCUAACAGAGAGGAUGCGAGAGCGUGACUGCACCCCUACAGGUCCCUCACUCUCCCCAAAACUAGGAAGUCAUGACGCCAUCUCUUCGGAGCACCCAUCUCCACCUUCGCCCGACAUUGUUGUAUGCAGCUCUACCAAUCAGGCACGCCCUGUUGUCUCCUACAUCAGGGAAUGGUGUAAAGCGUCUCCGGCCGAUGUUGUUGCUACGAUCCAGAAAGGACAUCAAGAAGCAGAAUCCAAGGGCGUUCUUAAAUCAACCCACUUACGUCAACUCCCUGCUACACACGAGUUCUGUGAGAAAUCUGGAACUGAAUCCGAGCCAACAUCAAAAUCAUCAAAGUACCCCAUCGAACCCUUUUCUCAAGUUAUCGAAAGAGCAUCCACCUCCAUUGAAGCUAUUAACAGUACUGGAUCAAAUGGCGGUCACAUCUCGCAGUUUCGUGCAAAAAGGAAUAGGAACUUGUGA